AUGGCGCCAUCCAAGGACGGCGAAGGCUUCUCGUCCAAUUCGACCGGCGAGGUCUUCAACGAGCUGGGGUGGAUGGUUCAGAAUGCCAGGGGAUACAGGAUCCACGAAGAACCAUAUGCAACACCACGCAAGAUCAGAGUGAUCCACAUCGGCGCGGGCGCUUCGGGAAUCACGCUUUCCAAAUUCAUCGAAGAACGGUGCGAGAACGUCGAGUUGCAGAUAUACGAGAAAAACAAGGACGUCGGAGGAACGUGGCUCGAGAAUAGAUAUCCCGGCUGUGCUUGUGACAUCCCUUCUGCGUCGUAUCAAUUCACCUGGGAAAGGAAUCCUUAUUGGUCCCAAUAUUACUCGGAGUCGCCGGAAAUAUGGCAGUAUUUCAAGAACGUGGUCGACAAGCACGGUCUGAUCAAAUACGUCCAACUCCAGCACACUGUGACCGGAGCGUAUUGGCAACCUGAGAAAGCCGUCUGGGAAGUGCAUGUGCGACGGCCCGAUGGGACCGAGUUCGUGGAUACUUGUAAUGUCCUCGUUAAUGGCGGUGGGAUUCUGAACAAUUGGAAGUGGCCAGAUAUCAAAGGCCUGCAUUCGUUUAAGGGUAUCCUCGUGCACAGCGCCAAUUACGACCCCGAAAUCGACUUGAACGGUAAGCGUGUUGCGGUCAUUGGAAUCGGGAGCAGCGGCAUCCAGAUCAUCUCAAAGAUUGCGUCCCAGGUAAAGCAACUCUACACUUGGGUCAGAUCGCCAACGUGGAUCACCGCCGGGUUUGCCCAGAAGUUUGCUGGACCGGAUGGAGGAAAUUUCCGCUAUACUCCCGAACAGCAAAAGAAAUUUGCCGAGAACCCAGACUUAUUCCUGAAAUAUUCGAAAAUGAUCGAGUCUGAGCUGAACGUCAGGUUCAAGUUCAUUUUGAAUGGGACCAAGGAGGCCGAAGGUGCCAGAGAAUUUGCUCGAAACGAGAUGAUGCAGAAGCUUGGGACGACGAAACCGGAGCUCCUAGAGGCGAUCAUACCCAAGAAUUUCGGUGUGGGAUGCAGGAGGCCGACUCCUGGAAACGGCUUCCUUGAAGCUUUGAACCAAGAAAAUGUCCAAGUCUUCAUCUCGCCCAUGAAAGAGAUAAACGCCAAUGGUUUCGUCGAUAGUGAGGGACAGCAACACGACGUGGACAUUAUCAUCUGUGCCACAGGGUUCAACACAAGCUGGAUUCCCAGGUUCCCCGUCGAAGCAAAUGGGCACAGUAUUGCAAAGAUGUGGGCCAAGGAGGCUACAUCAUAUAUUUCCCUCGGAGUUCCCUACAUGCCGAACUAUUUCAUGAUGGGCGGGCCUUAUGGUCCCCUUGGGCACGGGUCUUUCCUACCCAUCAUCGAGACGCUUGCGGGCAACAUCAUCCAGUGCAUUCAAAAGAUGCAAAAAGACCGUAUCAAGAGUCUGACCCCCAAACCUGAGAUCGCCGAGCAGUUUAGAGAGCACGCACAACUGUUUCUGAAUAGAACAGCUUGGACUUCGGGAUGUAGUUCGUGGUUCAAGCAAGGAAGAAUCGAUGGUCCGCUGCCAAUGUUCCCUGCGUCUCGAUUGGUGUAUAUGGACCUUCUGGCGACUCCCAGAUUUGAGGACUACCAGAUUGAGUACAUGAACUCAUUGAACAUGUUUGAAUUCCUGGGUAAUGGCUUUGCCACUCGAGAGUUUGACGGUCGCGACCUAUCGUAUUACUUGGGGCUGCUAGACGGCGAUGAUCACCAAAUCGACCUCGAAGGCGCAAUCCAUGACGACCUCGCGCAGCUGAAUUUGAUACAAAACUAG